CGGCGCCCCACGGGGCCCACGCAGGGUGCACCAGGGCCGCGGAGCCCAGGCUGGGGGAAGGGGCCCAGUCACGGUGUUGUCCCCAAGGACGCUGGGCUGCAGCCCAGCCCCACCAUGCCCAUUUCUGUGACUCAUUUGCAGUGGGUAACAGUGACCCAGUGUGUGUGGACGCGGCCUGUCCGCUGUCCCAGGCCCUUUGUGACCAAGGGCUUACCCUUGAGAGAAGGCAGUAGGGAGCUUGCGCCAGAGCUGGGGUCAGAAGCCUGGGUUCAGGCUGGGACUGGGGGCUCAGGGGACAGGGUCAGGGCUCAAGCUGGGCUGCCAGUGGUUUGGGUGUCCCCGCUACAUCUGGAAUGGGCCCAAAAUGGGACGCAGGAGACCCGGAUUCUAGGCCCAGCUGUACUGUAACUUGAUGACUGACCUUGGACAAGCUUGUCCCCUGCUGGAAAAUGGGAUGGCAGCACCCGCUUCCUCAGGUGAGGAAGAUGAGGCUCCUCGUGGAAACGCUAUAGACCCACAGCCACAGAACUCGGUGGUCGAGGUGCAGGAAUCAGGUGUUCUGUCGCGGGGCCCAUGCCUUGAGGCCGGGAGAAGCCCCGCUGCCAGCAUGCCGUGGAACACACGGCGGCUCGGGGGCGGCGCCGACGGCGGGCCCGAGGGCUCGGGUGCAGCACGCUCGCGGGCACAGAAGCAGUGUCGCAAGUCGUCGUUCGCCUUCUACCAGGCGGUGCGCGACCUGCUGCCAGUGUGGCUGCUGGAGGACAUGCGUGCCAGUGAGGCCUUCCACUGGGACGAGCGCGGGCGCGCCACCGCCUACUCGCCGUCCGAGGCGCUGCUCUACGCGCUCGUGCACGACCACCAGGCGUACGCGCACUACCUGCUGGCCACGUUCCCGCGGCGCGCGCUCGCGCCGCCCAGCGCGGGCUUCCGCUGCUGCACAGCGCCAGGGCCGCACGUGGCGCUGGCAGUGCGCUACAACCGCGUGGGCAUCCUGCGCCGCAUCCUGCGCACGGUGCGCGACUUCCCGGCCGAGGAGCGCGCGCGUGUGCUCGACAGGCGCGGCUGCAGCCGUGUGGAGGGCGGUGGCACGUCGCUGCACAUGGCCUGCGAGCUGGCGCGCCCCGAGUGCCUCUUCCUGCUGCUGGGCCACGGCGCCUCACCUGGCCUGCGUGACGGUGGCGGCCUCACGCCGCUGGAGCUGCUGCUGCGCCAGCUGGGUCGCGAUGCAGGGGCCACCCCCGCCGGGACCCCCGCUGCUACCGAGACCCCAGAUGAUGUGCCCGAGGAGCCGCGCCAGCGACGCUUGCUGCUUCUCGACCUGCUGGCACUGUACACCCCCGCGGCCGUCACCGGCCCGGCUCGCCGCGAGCUGCUGGGCGACCGGCCACGCUGGCAGCGGCUACUGGGCGAGGACAAGUUCCAGUGGCUGGCGGGCCUGGCGCCGCCCUCGCUCUUCGCGCGUGCCAUGCAGGUGCUGGUCACCGCCAUUUCGCCCGGCCGCUUCCCUGAGGCCCUGGACGAGCUGCCGCUGCCUCCCUUCUUGCAGCCGUUGGACCUCUCUGGCAAGGGUUAGACCCAGGGGCACCCUAGGCGCUGGAUUUUGGGACAAAACUGUUUUUCAGAGCGUUGUACUGGGCACUUUACAUAUAUUGAUCCCUCUACAGCAGAA